GAUGCUAACUUGAUAGCAGUGUUGCUUCUCUUUGUCAGAGGACUGACUUCCGUUUUCAUGUUUUGUCCAGGUUUCUGGAAUUUACUAUCUACUGAGACUCUGAUCUAUCUGUCGUUUUAGUAAACACUAACGGGGAUUUAGUAUUUCCGUGACGCAGCUAGUUAAAGGUCCUCCUUUUCAGCCUGACCAGAGUUUUGAGUCCGUUAUUCUGUUUCAUCCUUGAAAAACACGACUGUUUACCUAGCUAGCUGGCUAGCAUCAGCCAGCUGAGUUAAAUCACCUAGCAUGUUUCGAUUCUUGAAUGACGUUGAUGACGACCCCUUCAUGAUGGAUCCAUUUGCAGCUCACAGGCAGCAGAUGAGUCUGUUUGGACCUUUUGGUAUGGACCCUUUUGCUCUUGCCCCCCAAAUACAGCCACAUCGUGCACCACGUAGACAGGCUGGUCCACUGACCCCCUUUGGCAUGAUGGGAAUGGGUGGUGGAUUCAUGGAUAUGUUUGGCAUGAUGGGAGAAAUGAUGGAAAACAUGGAAAGAAUGUCUGGUACGCCAAACUGUCAGACGUUUUCCUCUUCAACAGUGAUCUCCUACUCUUCGUCAGACCCAGGGGCUCCUAAAGUUUACCAGCAGACCAGUGCAACGAGAACAGGCCCUGGAGGGAUCCGUGAGACGCGGCAGUCAAUGAGGGACAGCGAGAGCGGUUUUGAGCGUCUUGCCAUCGGCCACCACAUUGGGGCUCGUGCACACAUAAUGGAGCGUUCACGAAAUCGCCGCACAGGAGACCGUGAAGAACGGCAAGACUUCAUUAACCUCGAUGAGAGUGAGGCUGCAGCGUUUGAUGAGGAGUGGAGGAGGGAGGCAGGAAGAUACGUUCCCCCAAACGCCCGGGGACUUGACUACGGCCGAGAUCGACGGGCAGGAGGCCAGCAGCUGGCUCUUCCUGCCCCUCCUAGCUCAACUCCCCCACCAGGUCAUCGGCAUGAGUCCCCCAGACACCGUCAGCCCCACACCCGCCCACGUUACGACUGGUGAGAAGGGAUCACAUCUGAUGAGGUGACCAGAUGGAAUGGAGUUGAGGGAAGAUUUCCCCGAUGCUGUGAACCACGCUGAAGACGGAAGUUGAUGAUCAUCACAACUGCCCGUUGUAAAUGUUUGAUAUGACUGGACUGUCUAUACAUAAACAAAAUAUUAGACACACAUACACAUAACAAAACCCCACUCACUUGAUAGUUACAUUUACAGUUCAACUUCUCUACUGUUACAUACAAA